AUGAAAAAGAGUCGGAACUUGCUGCUAACCGCCGGAACCAGUUUAGUGAUUGUUAAAAAUAUCCGCAACACCUUGGAGAACCUCACAGGCCUGGUGAGGAGUAUGAUUUGCAACCUGAAGGCAAAAAAAGCCUCUAUCAUUACUCCAUUCAGUAACUAUGUCAAUUUGUUGAACUGGAUAGGAGACAUGCUCAAAGGGAUUACAGACCUAGGAGUAGUGAACCUUCACUCCCAGCUCAGGGUUUCACCCAGACUGGAAUCAGAACAACUGAGAGAGAAACUCAGUGAAGCAGAGCAGAAGCUGAAUGAGACUGUAAAAUAUGUACAGUCCCUCCUGAGUACAGUCUCCUCGGUGACCGACAGGCUGUUCCCCGCCAUCAGUUUCCUUGUGCUCAUGUUGUUUAUGGCCUUGCACAUAAAAAAAUACCGCAAUGACAUGAAAUACAAAAACAGGUUCAUAAGCAGUAGGUUUGUUUUUUUCGAUGAGAAGCAGAAGGCAGAAGGAAAGCCCCACGUCCUCCCCCUUACGCCAGAGGAGAAGAAGCUGUACAACACCGGCCCCUCUGCCUGUCCCACUACCAGAGAGAGGAAAGCUGUGCUGAAGUUCGGUGUUCCAAUCGUCUCCCACUUUGUAGCUUGGGGCAUCUCAACUUUAAUCGGAAUACCAUUUAGUGAGGAAAAUUAUCAAAAAGAUUUUUCUUACUUUGUGACCUUGUUCGAGAGGAAGUGCCUUCCUGAACCCAAGCUGCUGCUCUAUAACUCCAUAUGUCCACUGGCUGCCAUCCUGCUCAUCCUGCUCAUUAUGGCCUCGAUGGCUGCCAAAGUGGCCCGGCUCCAGCUGAUGGUCUGUGAGCGAUUCUUUGCCACCGCUGCUGAGCAGAGAGUGAGGUACCUGCAUGCCAAAAUCCUGAGGAAGAGAUUAAAAGGGAAGAGGGAGAAACAGGACCACAGACUCACAUCACUAAUUGUUAAGCUACAUUUCUGGUGCCCACUGCUCUUUCAACCCAAAGAGAAACCACAGAGUAUUGUAUGA